CGACAUCUCUACACUCCUUUGGCUAAUUUGACGCUGAACGAUGUAACCUACCGGAAAACUACCCCAAAUCACACGAAAUCCACUGAAGUCAACCACACGGCAGAACAAAAACAGGCGACUGAAAACCCCACAGAACGUGUCGCACUGUAUGUGAAUCGGUUAAAACCCCAAGGCAUGUUUAUGGCUCUGGCCGUACGUGAUCCGGGUUCUUGCUCCACCUUACGUCGUGUUCAUAUAUUUCAUCAAGUCUGCCGACAAUUCACACACGAGCUUGUUUUCUAUCCCCGUUUGGUGCCGACCGAUGACACUGUCACAUCUUGGGUACAAGGUCGAUGUGUAUCGGGUGCAGUGCAACAGUUUCCCGUUCCACUGCCCAAAUUAUCCUGUCAACCCGAUGGCAAAUGGGUGAUACGAGAUUCUCAAGCGCUUGGUAACAAUCUACUGACUGGAUUUAUCACACAAGAAGCAGAGAUUUGGCAAGCCUCGUGUGUUUGUGACAUUGGUUUCGGUAUCGUCGGUGAUACAACCUCAGGGAACCAGAGUUGUGAGAACAUUCAUGCGUCCAACGCUUUCGAUCAGAUGAGUUACGGGGUACCUUUCAUACGUGAGGUUUUGCACAAACAAUGUGGUUGGAUUCAAGAGAGGUUAGAUGGGAUCGAAUCAGAAAUGUACGAUGCCGAUUUGGCCACUUGCUGUUUGAAAGUUCAAACCCUGGUCAUCGGACUUGCGCUAGGCAAGACAUACACAAUGACCGUAACCUCUCGAAACGAUCUCAGUGACAUAUUUCCCAAAACGGCCUUGGAAGACUCUUCAACCUCAGUUACAUUCACCCUCCCUGAGGAAAUUCCCGUGACUGUGGACGCGCUGCAAAUGGAAACCAUCGAACGCACACAGUUUAACACGAGUUUUGCCUCGCUCGAUUUGCAACACCCACGGGACGAGAGAACGCAAACGCGAAACCAGUCAGAAGGGCAAACAAUGAUUCGUGUGACGUGGAAGCCUCCGGCACAGAAUGAUCUCUCUUUGGCAGAAACAGAGACAUGGGUCGGUAUGCCUGAGUAUCAAGUGUACGUUUGGAUGCAACGCGCAAAUCAUCCAAUCAUGUCUGAGGUAACAGGUGGUCCUAUAAGGCCGGUCCUUGUACAUUUUCUUUCGGAUACUGUGCUUCAUUUCGCCGAUUUGCCCAACCAAGCUACAAUUAAAGUGUGGGUUCGACCCAGAACACCACGGGGUUGGGGGACGUUCACGAAAACGACAUUUCAUUACCCGCCAUCUGUGAAUGAUGAAGGUGGAAUCAAAUGGCCGAGCAAAGUGACAGAAACAGACCCCGCAUUCUAUUCGGCUGAUGCAUCGGACAGUGCGUCGGACACUCAAACAGAUCGCGGGUCAGCUAAAAUAAUCUGGCUAUCGCUUCUUCUGGCAUUUGCACUAAUCCUCCUCGUUGCACUGUUUGUGUUUCUGAAGCUACGAAAGAGAACCUUUUUGAGACGCGGCUCAAGUUUGAACCACAUGGAACCUGAAAAGUCCGGAGAGCCACAACCACUGAUGACAUCUGCAGGCGUUAUAGACGAGUCGAAGGUACUGGAAGACCUACGGUUUGACGAUGAACCAAAUUCACCUGCCACUGACGAACAGGACGUGAAAGACGCCACCUCCGGAAAUUUGUCGGGACAUUCCUCUAAAAACGGACUGUCCAACGGCCACAAUACCAAAUCGAACGUGACACGUGAGAUUGAUCCAAAGCAGUUGAAGAUUGAUAAAACUAUCGGAGAAGGUGAAUUUGGUGAAGUUUGUUCCGGUGUGCUCGGGUCAAACUGCCUUGUGGCAGUGAAAAUGUUGCGUCUCGAUGUGCCAGAUAAAGCGAAACAGGAUUUCCUAAAAGAGGGUCCCGGACAAAAUACUGAACUUUCUGGUUUGAUGCAAAUGCUUCUGGACAUUUGCGAAGGAAUGAAGUUCAUCUCUGCUCAAGGUUACGUGCAUCGCGAUUUGGCGGCUCGAAAUAUUCUGCUAGAUGCGAAAAAUCGAUGCAAAAUUUCAGAUUUUGGUUUGGCACGAAAAAUUGGUGAAAAUUCUGAGGACGAUGAUGCUUACACAUUGAAGAUUACCGAACUGGAAUGGCGAUUCCUGUUUGAUGAAACAGAUCUAUAA